AUGACCAAGGAAUACGUCGAGCCUGCCAACAUCCCUGUUAUUGAUUUCAGGGCUCUUACUUCUGAAAAUUCUCAGGAGCGUAAAGAUGCCUUGAACCAGCUUGAUGAAGCUUUCCAAACAUACGGCUUCAUCUACCUGUCCAACCACAGCAUUGGACAGAAGCUGGUUGAUGAAGCCUUUUCUUGGUCCCAGCGCUUCUUCCAUUUACCGAAUGAGGUUAAAGAGCUUUGCAAGCACAACACCGUUGCAGCUGAUCACCGUGGCUGGGCAGCUGUCGGAACUGGCAUUGUCACCCAGGAUGUCUGGGACAAGGAUGAAAUUUCGAAUCUGCGUAAAACUGCACCUGUUGAGCAGAAGGAAAUUCUCGAAAUGGGUAAUCCUCACUCUAAGGGUGGCCCAGGCGAGUCUAUCGUGAAUCGUCUGCUCCCUGAGGACGUUUUCCCCGGAUUCAGGGCUUUCCUUGAAAGGUGGUGGGACGCUUGUUUCAAGCAGCAGCUCCAGGUUCUACGAGCUCUCUGCGAGAUCCUGGAAUACACCGACCUGGACUACCUUGGCAAGCAGCAGGACCCCAGCCGCAGCCGAAACCAUAUGAGCUGGCUGUAUUAUCUUUCUCAGCCAUUAUCAACAUUGAAGUCAGGCGAGAGCAACCGAUUGAACACACAUACCGACUUCACACAGUUGACCCUGCUAUUCCAAGAUAUGGUCGGAGGUCUUGAGGUCCAUGAUUAUAAGGCGGGAAUUUUCCGACCUGUGCUUCCUAAGCCCGGUACCAUGAUUGUGCAUAUUGGUGACAUGCUGGAGAAGCAGUCAAACGGCAAGUGGAAGAGCGCGUUGCACCACGUCUCUGCUCCUAUCCAUCUUAAAUAUGGGGAUGAGACAACAAACGAAGACACCGUUGUUGAGCGUUUCUCCAUGUCAUUUUAUGGAACUCCUCAACACGAUGUGAUGAUUGAGCCAAUUCCAGGAUGCGAGGCAAUUGGAAAAUGGCGCACCUUGGAGUGGGAGCCCAACAUGACUGCCGGCGCUUGGAUUGAGAAGAGAGUUGCACUUGAAUAUGGAGAUGGACAACAAGUGCCUCCGGCUGUUCCUGUUGCUUAG